AUGGCUAACGAUACGCCGGAAAGUGAUUUUUCAAUAGAAUGUUUCCAAAACUACUCCGCUCCAGAAGUAUUUGUGCAAGGUCUUGCUGGCAUGGUAGAUCAGACUGACGUGGAAGUUAUUAUAAGGGCUCAAAAAACUAUGUUGCAACGCUUUGAAAAGACAACAGAAAUGUUGACAAACUGUAAUCAGCUAUCGGCCAGCAGGCUCCGAGCUGCUUCCGUGGAGUUUAAGAAACACACACAACUACUACUAGACAUGAAAAAGGACUUAGAAUUUAUAUUUAAGAAAAUCAGAGCAAUUAAAACUAAGUUAAGCUCACAGUAUCCAGAAGCUUAUAAGGAAGCUCUUGCUCUAGCUGAGGCAAGUAAGAAUCCCAUUGAAACAGAUGAAUGUGUACCAACGGAAAAUAAAAUAGAAUCAAAAAUGGUGGCCACAGUGUCCACGGAGACGCUCAAACCGAUUAAUGAUAAGAAAUUAAAGAAGAAAAAUGUUAAAGUCCUCGGAGAGAGAAGCGAUGGAAAUACUGUUGAGGCAUUACGUAAAAUAAAAAGCAGCUCGUCCUCGGAAACAGAGAGUGCAAGCUCUGGUGAUGAAAGUAGUACGGAUACUGGUUGA